CUGACCUGCCUGCAGGGACAAAGACGACAACGAGAGAUUCCUCCUCAUUCAUUGGCUCUUUGCUUAUUGUCUUGUGUUUUAAAUGGCUUGGACUGAGAUCUGCCUGCUGCUUCCAGAGUGUUGGGUCUGACUUCUGAUCCCAGUCAUGCUGGCCCUGUACACAAUUGUGCUGGGGCUCCUGAUCCUCCUGCCCCUCCUCGGGAAUGUUUUCUUUCCCUAUCUUUGGCCAGAUCUGAGGUUCCUCUUCUCCUACCUGCAUAUGCGACACAGAUGCCGCAAGCGUCUCCAGAGUAACCCUCCCGUUACCUUCUUGGAGGUCUUCUUAGCCAAAGUCCAGAAACAUGGAGGAAAGCCCCUGAUUCUUUUUGGAGAAGAGGUCUAUUCCUACCGAGAGAUCGACCGGCGCAGUAACCAGGCGGCCAGGGUGUUCCAGGGCCAUCUGGGGCUGAAAGAAGGAGAUACUGUAGCUGUCUUCCUGAAGAACUGCCCUGCCUAUCUCUGGGUCUGGAUGGGUCUGGAGAAGAUUGGCUGCACGAUGGCAUGUGUCAACUAUAGCAUCCGGUCCAAGUCUCUCUUACAUGUGCUCAGGUCCUGUGCAGCCAAAGUUCUGCUGACAACUCCAGAUUUUCAAGCUGCCAUUGAAGAAGUCCUGCCUGCUCUGAGGGAGAAUGGGGUCCAGGUUUUCUCCCUCAGUGAUGACUCUCCAACAGAAAGUGUGGAAGGCCUGUUGGGACACAUUAAAUCCAGCUCAGCUGAACCAGUGCCUGUAUCGUGCAGAGCCAACAUCACAGCUAAAUCCACCUCUCUGAAUAUUUUCACUUCUGGGACCACAGGGCUACCAAAGGCUGCCAUCAUGACCCAAACGAGGGUGCUCGUUAUUUCCUGCAUGUUAGGCCAGGUUGGGAUACAUUCCAAUGACAUCAUCUAUACUCCAUUGCCACUGUAUCAUUCGGCUGCUCUUCUUGUGGCACUUGCAGGAUGUAUAGAAAAGGACAACGACCGUGACCACCGCGUCCGAAUAGCAAUAGGCAAUGGCAUACGAGGGGAAGUCUGGAAGGAGUUCUUGCACCGAUUUGGAUCCAUCUGGAUCUAUGAAUUCUAUGGAGCUACAGAGGGGAAUAUUUCAUUCAUUAACUACACAGGAAAAAUUGGAGCUGUAGGAAAGACUAACUUCCUCCUAAAGAAAGUCACAAAGUUUGAACUUAUUAAAUAUGACAUUGAUCUGGAUGAACCUGUGAGGGAUGAGAAAGGAUGUUGUGUGCUUGUAUCCCCAGGUGAGACGGGUUUACUGGUAGCCAAGAUCACAGAGGUGACACCAUUUGUGGGCUAUGCCGGAGACCGAGAGAAGACAGAGAAGAAGAUUCUCCGGGAUGUCCUGAAGAAAGGGGACUGCUACUUCAACACGGGUGACCUCCUCAUGCAAGACCGUGAAGGCUUUCUGUAUUUCCAGGACCGGGUGGGAGAUACUUUCCGAUGGAAAGGGGAGAAUGUAGCCACUACAGAAGUGGAGAAAAUCCUGGUAGCCCUGGACUUCAUUCAGGAAAUCAAUGUCUAUGGGGUACCAGUGCCAGGACAUGAAGGAAAAAUUGGGAUGGCCGCCGUACGGCUGAAGGAAGGGCUCACUUUAGAUGGGAAGAAACUGUAUGAACACGCCAGGGCUUCCAUGCCAAGCUAUGCCAUCCCCCACUUUAUCCGCCUCAGGGAGGCUCUUGAGAUUACAGGAACUUUCAAGCAGUGCAAAAGUCAGCUGGUGAAAGAAGGAUUCAACCCUGCCGUCGUCAGCGACCCCCUCUAUUUCCUAGAUGAUAGAGAAAAAUGCUACACACCAAUGACUCAGCAGAUCUUCAGCUCCAUUGCAAAGAAGAAGCUAAAAUUGUGAAAGAACUUCUAAGAAGCGUCAUAGGACUGUCUCCUUAAUAUGCCAAUGAGGCCAACAGAACUUCAGAGAACCCAGGAACAGCAAUGGCGUUGAACCUUUUGGCUUUUGCGUAGUAAAGGAGGGAUUAGUUUCAUAUCUUCCAGACUAGGACAUGACUUUGUACAUGACUUUGUGAUUACAUUGUUGUUAUUGUUUCGUCGUUAAGUCGUGUCUGACUCUUCGUGACCCGAUGGAUCAGAGCACACCAUGUGAUUAUAUACAUACAGUAAAAGAUUGUGUGGGUGAAUAUGUGUGUGAUAAAGAUGCCUUUAUCACUCCUGCCAUGGAAGUGGAUGAAAUCAUCAUCUGCCAAUGGAUAUCUUUAAUUUAAUUUAAUCUAAAACUUCUCAUCUCCUCCUUGAGGUUCCGAGGCUCCCUAGAGAUCCCUUCACCCUGUUGAAACCUUGGGAGCCUCAGUACAGAGGUGGAAGGAACCUUUAAUAUUAGAAAAUUGCUGAUGAUGAUCCGAUAGCUGGAUUGGGACAACUGACAGUUACUUUCUGAUAUUAAGAUCUCUCCCACUCCAUGUUCUGAAGCUAGGGCUUCUCAAGGGCAAAAGGGAUCUCUAGGGAGCCUUGGAACCAUAAAGGUGAAGACGGGACUUUUUAAUUUAAUUAUAUUAAAUUAAAACAUCCAUUGCCAGAGGAUGGUAUCAUCUGGCUUGCUUGGCAAAAAUUUACUGAUACCUUUCUGUGUGAUAUUUAUAACUGAUAGCACAACCUGUAAUUAUUGUCAUUUAAAUUCAGGUGAAUCGGCAGCAAGAAGACGGCAUAAGACAUGUAUCUUUCUCCUUAUAGUCACCAACUAGCUUAUCUCCACCAUCAUCUUCCUUUUUUUCUUCCUCUUCCUCUUGUAUUGGAGGCUGUAUGUCAAAGCCAUCAUGGGUAUUCAACAUUAGUUUUGCUUUAAAUAAUGAUACUGUGUUACAUCCAAACCAGUCUCCGAGCACUUCAGACAAGGAGUUCUUCUCGUUCGUACAUUUUUCCUUUUUUAUUUUGAAAAAUCUGCUGUAACAGCCUGCUUUUUAUUCUUAUUAAUGACCAAAGUAUUUCAUGAGUCUUUGGGCUUAGAUCCCCCCUCCAACUGAUGAUGACUUACAAUGACUAUUGUACUCUAAACAUAUCACAACACAACAUAUUGACACAGGUCAGGUUUCUAGAGCUCAGAAACUAUUGGUUCUUCAAAUGCCAGUACAUUUCCAAAUUUUUGAGUUUGACUCCAUUAAAAUUAAUUCUGUUGGCAACAGAAGGUUUCAACUUGUUAUUUGUCUAGGACAUAAGGUUACAAGGAGGCUGCACAGCAGGGUGGAUAAAAAUCAAUGAAAGAGCCGUCACUCAAGGACAGGGGUGAACAAUUAAUUUCUACAGGGGGGGCCACAUGAAAAAUCUGAAUUAUGU